CGUAAAAUUUAACUCUUUCGAUGCGUUUUCAUUCACACUUGACAAAAUCAACAUGUUCUCCCGUUCGCACGUUACUACUUUUGUUCAUACGUGAAUCAGAAUUGAUGAUCAAUACUAUAAUAAGACAAAAAAACAAAAAAAAAAUAGAGAAAAAAUUGAAGCAGAUGGGCCCCUUGACCCGGUGGCCUAUUUAGUUUAAAGGCACCAGAUGGCCCAAUAAUAAACUGCCGGCCCAUUAUGCCCCCACCUCCUUCUAUCGUUCCGUUAACAAAACUCAACUCUCUAUUUCCCCCCACACGCACACCUCUCUCUGUCUCUCUCUCUCUCACGCACAACACAGCAAACUCCAACUCCAUUAUUAUUACUGUUGUUAUUCAUAGAAUCAUUAGCGACACAAUGCACUCCUCCGCCGAGGACGACUCCGACAACCCUGCCACCACCGCGGGCUCGGAGUGGACGUUCUCCGCCAGGAACCACGCACCGUCGUCGGACCCCUGCUGGGAAGCCAUAGAGCGCGGCGGCGGGACCCUGGGACUGGGCGACCUCCGGUUUGUGCAGCGAGUGGGAAGCGGCGACAUCGGAAGCGUGUACUUGGUGGAGCUGAAGGGCUCGAACGGGUGCCUGUUCGCGGCAAAGGUGAUGGACAAGAAGGAACUCGUGGCCAGGAACAAAGACACGAGGGCAAAGGUUGAGAGAGAGAUUCUGCAAGCGGUGGAUCACCCUUUUUUGCCGACUCUUUACGCGUCGCUAGAUUCCCCUCGCUGGUCUUGCCUCCUCACCGAGUUCUGCCCCGGCGGCGACCUCCACGUCCUCCGCCAGAGGCAGCCCGAUAAACGCUUCCACCACGCCGCCGUUAGGUUCUACGCAUCUGAGGUUGUGGUUGCGUUGGAGUACCUACACAUGAUGGGGAUAAUAUACCGUGAUUUGAAGCCUGAAAAUGUGCUCAUAAGAUCCGACGGUCACGUAAUGCUCACUGACUUUGACCUCUCACUGAAAGGUGACGACACAACAUCAACGGCCCAGAUCGUGUUCGAUCAAGACCCACCCAGCAACAGCUGUUCCAACGACCAUUCCAAGAACCAAUGCGCUCCCGCCAUGUCAUCCUGCAUGCUGCCAAAUUGCAUUGUGCCAUCUGUCCCAUGCUUCCACCCGAAGCGCGGUCGUAGCAAGAGGUCCUCGAGGUGUGGGUCGGUGGAGAUCGUGGCGGAGCCAAUAGAAAUUCGAUCGACGUCGUUCGUUGGGACCCAUGAGUACUUGGCACCGGAAGUGAUUUCCGGGGAGGGUCACGGUAACGGCGUUGAUUGGUGGACACUGGGAGUAUUCAUUUUUGAACUGUUCUACGGGAUGACACCGUUCAAAGGGGUUGAGCAUGAGCUAACCCUAGCGAACAUAGUGGCACGUGCCCUUGAGUUCCCUAAGGAGCCAAUGAUCCCAGGAGCAGCUAGGGAUUUGAUCUCACAACUGUUGGUGAAGGACUCAACAAUGAGACUGGGUUCAACAAUGGGUGCCCUAGCAAUCAAGCACCACCCCUUCUUCAAUGGAGUUAAUUGGGCAUUGUUAAGGUGUGCUACCCCUCCAUACAUCCCUGCAUCAGACAAGUGCAAGGAAUUGGUUCGACUCUAUAAUUGCACAACCAAUACCAUAGACUUCUAUUAAAACUCUCUUUCUCUUUCUAUAUAUAUAUAUAUAUAUAUACAUAUGACCAUCCAUACAACUCAAACUGCUCAUAUACAACUUCAACUCAGACAACUGCUGUGGGAUUUUACUAAAACUACAAAACCAUGUUUGUGUAAUUAACAGUUGCGUUGGUGUAAUUAAUUACAGUUAUAAAACUGGAAUUGGUGUAAUUAACAAUUUUAUUUAAUUUAUAGAAUGGGGAGGAUAAAUGAUUUCCAGUUAUUCAUUGGAUAUAUAUAUAUAUAUGC